AUGGCUGAGGGUGAGGAUAUGCAGACCUUCACUUCCAUCAUGGAUGCGCUGGUCCGCAUCAGCACAAGCAUGAAGAACAUGGAGAGGGAAUUGCUCUGCCCUGUCUGCCAGGAGAUGUAUAAGCAGCCGCUGGUGCUGCCCUGUGCCCACAAUGUAUGCCAGGCCUGUGCCAGGGAAGUGCUGGGCCAGCAGGGUUAUGGGAGCCACACUGGGGAUCCCAGCUCUGAGCCCACCUCACCAGCCUCCACCCCUGCUACUCGAAGUCCCCGACUUGGCCGCAGGACCCUCCCUAAAGCAGACCGCCUGGACAGGCUGCUCAAGUCAGGUUUUGGAACAUACCCUGGCCGGAAACGGGGAGCCUUGCACCCCCAAAUUGUGACCUUCCCGUGCCCAGCAUGCCAGGGUGAUGUGGAGCUGGGUGAGAGGGGCCUGGGUGGCCUCUUCCGUAACUUAACCCUAGAACGGGUUGUGGAGCGGUACCGUCAGAGUGUGAGUGUGGGUGGUGCCAUCUUGUGCCAGCUUUGUAAGCCCCCACCUCUGGAAGCCACCAAGGGCUGUACCGAGUGCCGUGCUACCUUCUGCAAUGAGUGCUUCAAGCUCUACCACCCCUGGGGUACUCAGAAGGCCCAGCAUGAACCCACACUGCCCACCCUCACUUUUCGACCCAAGGGUCUGAUGUGUCCAGACCACAAAGAGGAGGUCUCUCACUACUGCAAGACAUGCCAGCGGUUAGUGUGCCAGCUUUGCCGGGUUCGGCGCACUCACAGUGGGCAUAAGAUUACCCCUGUGCUCAGUGCCUAUCAGGCUCUGAAGGAGAAACUGACAAAGAGCCUGACAUAUAUUUUGGGAAAUCAGGACACUGUACAAACCCAGAUCUGUGAGCUGGAGGAGACAGUGAGGCACACAGAGGUGAGUGGUCAGCAAGCAAAGGAGGAAGUGGCUCAGCUUGUGCGGGGGCUGGGUGCAGUGCUGGAGGAGAAGCGGACAACUCUGCUGCAGGCCAUUGAUGAAUGCCAGCAAGACCGGCUAGCUCGGCUGGGGGCACAGCUCCAGGAACACCGGAGCCUGUUGGAUGGCUCAGGACUAGUGGGCUAUGCCCAAGAGGUCCUCAAAGAGACAGACCAGCCUUGUUUUGUUCAGGCUGCCAAGCAGCUGCACCACAGGAUCGCCCGGGCAACAGAGGCCCUUCAGAACUUUCGUCCAGCUACCAGCUCCUCCUUCCGCCAUUGUCAGUUGGAUGUGGGCCGGGAGAUGAAGUUGCUGACCGAACUCAGCUUCCUAAGAGUGCCCGAGGCUCCUGUGAUCGAUACCCAGCGCACCUUUGCCUAUGAUCAGAUUUUCCUCUGCUGGCGGCUGCCCCCCCAUUCCCCACCUGCUUGGCACUACACUGUGGAAUUCCGGCGCACAGAUAUCCCUAAUCCUCCAGGACCCACCCGAUGGCAGCGGCGAGAGGAGGUGAGAGGGACCAGCGCCCUGCUGGAGAACCCUGACCCAGGCUCUGUCUAUGUGCUUCGGGUCAGAGGCUGCAAUAAGGCAGGCUAUGGAGAAUACAGUGAGGAUGUCCACCUGCACACUCCCCCUGCACCAGUUCUGCACUUCUUCCUGGAUGGGCGCUGGGGUUCCAGCAGAGAGAGGCUGGCCAUCAGCAAGGACCAACGGGCGGUGCGCAGCAUCCCAGGGGUGCCCCUGCUCCUGGCGGCCGAGCGGCUGUUGACAGGCUGCCACCUGAGUGUGGACAUCGUGCUGGGAGACGUGGCCGUGACUCAAGGCCGUAGCUACUGGGCCUGUGCAGUGGAUCCUGCCUCCUAUCUGGUCAAAGUGGGUGUCGGGCUAGAAAGCAAACUGCAGGAGAAUUUCCAGGGCGCCCCGGACGUGGUCAGCCCCAGGUAUGAUCCAGACAGUGGGCAUGACAGCGGAGCAGAAGAUGCCACUGUGGAGGCAUCUCCACCCUUCGCCUUCCUGACCAUUGGCAUGGGCAAGAUCUUGCUGGGAGCCGGUGGGAGUGGGGGGGCAGGGCUGACGGGGCGAGAUGGCCCUGGGGCUGGCUGCACGGUUCCCCUGCCUCCCCGCCUGGGCAUCUGCCUGGACUAUGAGCGGGGUCGGGUCUCCUUUCUUGAUGCCGUGUCUUUCCGUGGGCUUCUUGAGUGCCCAUUGGACUGCUCAGGGCCUGUGUGUCCAGCCUUUUGCUUUAUUGGGGGUGGUGCAGUCCAACUGCAAGAGCCUGUGGGCAUCAAACCUGAGAGGAAAGUCACGAUUGGGGGUUUCUCCAAGCUGGAUUGA